AUGGCACCUUAUGAAGAUCUGUAUGGCCGGAAGUGUAGAACUCCUUUGACUCUGACUGAGGUUGGAGAUAGACAGGAGAUGGGUGCCACUUUUGUAGAUGAAACUGUUAAGAAAAUCAAUUUGAUUAAAGAAAGUCCGAUGAAAGGUGUGAGCAGAUUUGGCAUAGUGAACAAGCUUAGUCCAAGGUAUAUUGGACCGUUUGAAAUCUUUGAAAGGAUUGAUAGGUCUACUUACAGACUAUUAUUAUCUGAUCAGAUGUCCGAUGUUCAUAAUGUGUUUCACAUAUCUAAUUUGAGAAAGUGGAUAUCUGACUCUGGAAAGAAAGUGUCUGCCGAUGAGGUUGAGAUUCAGGAGAAUUUGAGCUAUAAAGAAGAACCUGAGUUGAUUCUAGCUUACGAUGUUCGUAAGUUGAGGAGUAAACAGAUUUCGAUGGUUAAGGUGCAGUGGAAGCACCGAACUGCACGAGAAGCGACUUGGGAGAAAGAGUCGGACAUGAGGAAGUCGUAUCCGUAUUUAUUUUGA